AUGGUGAGGAUUAGAGGAGGAUCCGUGAGUGCCAGACGCACCUUCAAGCUUCGUGAUGAGGAGGAUGAAGAUAUUCAAGUUGUCGAACCUUCCAUCAAAUCAUCCAAAAAGAAAACUGGAAAUCGUGGUGGAAAAACAAAGCAAUUUGCAAGGAAAAAACAGAAUGCGCAAACCAGAGAGCCAUCUGUUGAACCAUCCGAUGAGCAGAUGGAGGAGUAUCAAUCUGAAGGGCAUCCAGUUAGUGGCAAUGAAGAGGAACUGGAGCAGCCUACCAAUGUAGAUGUAACCACCACGAAAUCACCCAAGAAAGGAAAAAAGACUGCCAAAAGGAAGAGCAUUGCUCAACCCAAGGGAAGGCAAACUGCUGAUCCUUCUGGGGAACAGCAGGAUGCAGAGAAAAAUGCUGAGGAACAGCAGACUGAUGAACCAUCUACCAGGAAGUCACCAAGGACAAGGUCUGGUAUCCAGGAUACUGCACCAACUACUCUGCUCAAUGGAAAAAGAAAGCGUCCAGAACAUGAACAAUCAGAGACCCAAACUGCUGUUGAACCUUCUCCCCUGCCCAAGUUCAUCGAUGAUGAAGCUAGGGAGAGGUUUGAAUGGAUCUCGCAGAAAGGUUUCAUCAUUCAAAGGACCAUCAUUCCCUACGAAUUCCGUAAGCUUGACCUUGAACCUGACAAGGGAAAAACUCCAGCAAUUGAAGAGGAAACUGAAGAGGAUGAUGAUGAUGACGAUGAGGACACUGAGGAAGAAGACCCUGCCCAGUUUCACCUAGCUAGAUGA